AUGAAUGAAGUCAUUCCAAUCGCUUCACUUUAUGCUGAUGAACAUAUUCCUGAUGAACUAUAUGUACUCGUUCGAAAUAAUUUAAUCGAUCAACUUGAUGCUCGCCUCUACAGUCUCACUAAUCCAACCCAAUAUUUAACAUCUGUCAGUUGGCAUGGUAAAGAAAAGUUAAGUUUAUUAAUGGUAGCUGCUCUAAAUGGAUACGACGAAAUAGUACGAAUUCUACUCGCUCAUUGUCAAUCUCAACAGCACGUGGAGUUAGAAGGAAGAGUAGCUAUCUCCGAGGAAGAUAUCAUUGAUGGCAUGACAGCAAUUCAAUGUGCCUGCUAUCGAUCACAUUUCAUUGUAGCUAAAACAUUAAUUGAGAUCGGCGGAGCAGAUGUACAUCAUGAUAAUAAAAAAUGGCCAUGUUAUCCAUUACUCAUUCAAGCUAGUGCAGAAAAUCGUCUUGAAAUAGUUCGUUUUCUCGUUGAAAAUGGUUACUCUGACAUUAAUAAGACUCAGUCAAAUGACCGACACCAAUGCACAGCUCUAAUAUGGGCUGCUUACAAAGGCUAUACAGCUUUGAUCGAAUAUUUACUCGAAAAAGGUGCUAAUGUUAACUAUUCUUGUCAAAACGUUGACUCACAUUUAUCAACACCAAUCACGUUUGCCGUUGCUCGAGAUGUUAAUAAACGAUUUAAUAAACUUGUACAUGAUUCAAUUUUUACAAAUCGUUUAACAAUGACAAGAUGUUUUUUUUAUGGUGGUCCAUUUCCUCAAUCAAAUAAUCCAAUACUUGAUCGAUUUUGUUCACAAAUUUUACCUUCGAUUCAUGAUAAAAUCAAAUAG